AUUCCCAUGGCCUCGAAGUAGCUUUUUCAUCAUCAACGAUCCCCCAUGGAAGAUGGCUUUGAUUUCCCAACAGCCAGCGACAUGGAGGAAGACGAGAUGGGUAUCCUAGAAGAUGACCCAGUUAACUCAAUUCUCAAAGUUGGAGAGGAGAAAGAGAUCGGGAAAAAUGGGUUGAAGAAAAAACUUGUUAAGGAAGGUCAAGGAUGGGCGACUCCCUCCAAUGGUGAUGAAGUUGAAGUGCAUUAUACUGGAACUUUGCUUGAUGGAACCAAGUUUGAUUCCAGCCGCGAUAGAGGGACUCCUUUUAUAUUCAAGCUCGGCCUAGGACAAGUAAUCAAGGGCUGGGAUGAGGGUAUCAAAACCAUGAAGAAGGGUGAAAAUGCAAUUUUCACAAUACCUCCCAAGUUGGCAUAUGGUGAAUCUGUAUCACCUCCAACUAUACCUCCUAAUGCAACACUUCAAUUUGAUGUGGAGUUGCUUUCUUGGACUAGCAUCAAGGAUAUAUGCAAAGACGGAGGAAUCUUAAAGAAAAUAGUUGUUGAAGGGGAGAAAUGGGAGAAUCCGAAAGAUUUGGAUGAAGUGUUUGUUAGGUAUGGAGCUUGUUUAGAAGAUGGUACACUAAUUACAGAAUGUGAUGGAGUAGAGUUCACUGUUGAAGAUGGCUAUUUCUGCCCUGCAUUGGCAAAGGCAGUAAAAACGAUGAAGAAAGGGGAGAAAGCGUGGUUUAUAGUGAAGCCAGAGUAUGCAUUUGAUAAGGAUGGUAGGCCGGCAGUGGGCAGUGAAGUUGCUGUUCCUCCAAAUGCUACCCUUCAUGUUACUCUUGAGUUGGUUUCGUGGAAAAGCAUUUCUGAUGUCACGAAGAACAAAAAGGUCUUGAAGAAGAUCUUGAAGGAGGGAGAGGGUUAUGAGCGACCAGCUGAUGGAACAGUUGUUCAAGUGAAAUUAAUUGGGAAGCUGGAGGACAGAAAGGUUUUUGUGAAGAAGGGUCAUGAUGAGGAGCCCUUUGAGUUCCAAAUCGAUGAAGAGCAAGUAAUUGAUGGUCUUGAUAAAGCUGUGAGGACCAUGAAGAAAGGAGAACUUGCACUUAUCACUAUUCAGCCAGAAUACGCUUUUGGUUCAUCUGAAUCACAGCAGGAGUUGGCUGUUGUUCCUGUAAACUCAACAGUGUAUUACGAGGUUGAGAUGGUCUCUUUUGUGAAGGAGAAAGAAUCUUGGGACAUGAAUGCUCAGGAAAAAAUCAAAGCUUCUGGGAAGAAGAAAGAAGAAGGGAAUGCUUUAUUCAAGGCUGGUAAAUAUGAAAGAGCAUCGAAAAGAUAUGAGAAGGCUUUUAGGUUCAUAGAAUAUGACUCUUCUUUCACUGAUGAGGAGAGGCGGCAAGCUAAGUUGCUAAAAGUAACAUGCAAUCUCAACAACGCAGCUUGCAAAUUGAAACUCAAAGCUUACAAGAAGGCUAAGAAAUUGUGUACAGAGGUGUUAGAACUUGAUGAUAGAAAUGUGAAGGCACUAUAUAGGAGGGCUCAAGCAUAUAUUCAACUUGUUGAUUUCGAAUUGGCAGAGGCAGAUAUCAAAAGGGCCCUAGAGAUUGACCCCGAUAACAGGGAUGUGAAACUCGAGUACCGAGUCCUAAAGGAGAAAAUCAGAGAGUACAACAAGAAGGAUGCACAGUUUUAUGGAAACAUAAUUGCAAAGAUGAGCAAGUUAGAGCAAGCAAAGGAAGCAAAAAAGCAGCCAAUAUAUACAACCAUUGUUAGCAAGGUUUGUAGACUGCCGGUUAUUUUGGUUUGCCUCCUCUUGAUUCUUCCGGUGAUCGCAGCCGUAAUCUGUCAAAAAUGGUCUGAUCCUCUCGUAGAUCGAGUAGUUGUGUGAUGUUCAAGGAUUGUGGUGCUCAAGUUCAUGCCGAAUUUGCAGCUGAGAAUAAGAUCAAUCAUCUCAAAGUAUUUAAGCCAGUUUGUAUGAAGUUUUUCAAGUUAAAGUAUAGUUAUUGUACUUUAUAACAUUGUACCAUGGCACUUGAAUUUGUUUGGUUUUAUCUUGCUAAAUUUUAUGCGAUGAAAUUGAUGACAAUUAUAAUCAA